AUGUCGUCCUUCGGUGACUUGAUCGAGCUGGGCGUGCCCACUCUGGACCGCCCCUUUGGCCUGAAACUAUGGCCCAUCUUCAACAAGGCGUUUGAGCUUGUCGUCGGCUACCCAGCCGACCAGUUCCAGUUCGUCGCCGGCUCGACGCCUAUGUCGACGCUCAAGGAGACGAGCAUCUUCAUCGUCAUCUACUACUUCAUCAUCUUCGGUGGCCGCGAGGUUAUGCGCAACCGCGAGGCGUUCAAGCUGAAGGCGCUGUUCCUGGUCCACAACUAUGUGUUGACGGUCGUCAGCUUCCUUCUGCUGGUUCUGUACGCUGAGCAGCUGAUUCCCACCGUCGCCCGCCACGGUAUCUUCCACGCCAUCUGCAGCAACGAGGGUGGCUGGACCCAAGAGCUGGUUGUCCUGUACUACCUCACCUACCUCACCAAGUACCUAGAGUUGCUCGACACCGUUUUCCUGUUCCUGAAGAAGAAGCCCCUUACCUUCCUCCACUGCUACCACCACGGUGCCACCGCUCUUCUGUGCUACACCCAGCUGAUUGGCUCGACCGCCGUUUCGUGGGUCCCGAUCACCCUGAACCUGGGCGUCCACGUCGUGAUGUACUGGUACUACUUCCAGUCCGCACGGGGCAUCCGCAUCUGGUGGAAGGAGUGGGUCACCAAGUUCCAGAUCAUCCAGUUCAUCAUCGAUCUCGGCUUCGUCUACUUCGCCUCGUACACCUACUUCACCUCCACCUACUUCCCGUACUUGCCUAACAUGGGCAAGUGCUCUGGCGAGGAGUUCGCUGCGUUCGCCGGCAUUGGUAUCCUGAGCUCGUACCUGGUCCUGUUCAUCUCGUUCUACCUGGCCACGUACCGCAAGGAUGGCAAGAAGACGACCUCCCGCAAGGCUGUGCGCCGCAUGUCCCAGGCUCCCCUGCCCGACCCGCACGACCUGCUGGUCGGCACUCAGCCCGCCACCGCCACCACCACGGGCGCCAAGCCCGCCGCCGCCAAGACCAGCGGUGUCACCACCCGCUCUCGCAAGGCAUAA